AUGGCACAAUUGGACGAUUUGCAUGAAAAGGCAGUUUUGGGAAAAACACAAAAUAUUUUACACGAACUUGAAAUAGAAUCAAAAUCAAAUAAUUAUUUAAUAAAAUUUGAUUUACAUUUAAACGUUAUUGAAAGAUCAUUAUCAACAACAAAACAUUCAUCACCACCAAUAACAAUAUCAGAUUCAUCAUUAUCAACAUCGCCAAUUGUAAUUCCGAAAGCAACACGUCCACCACCACCUGUAUCAUUUCCAUUAAUCGUUCAACAAGUUCGAGCAAUGAAAAGAUUUGAAAUUGAACGUAAUCUUCCUAUUCAAACAUGUGAUACAAUUGAUCGUGUUAAAGCACAUUUAGGUCAUCGUCUUGUUGAAAUGAAAAAUAAACAAUGUUCUCAUUGUCUUCAUUUAUCAGCAGCUGAAACGACUGGUAUUGUACCAAAACCAAUUUAUAAUCGAGAUUUAGCUAUUGAUUUACUUAAAUUAACAAAUACGAUUAUUAUUGAAACGAAUUAUGUUUUCAAAGCACAAUCAGCAUUAUUAUUACAAGUACUACUAGUAGAAUAUAUUGAUGGUGAAUUGCAAUAUUGUUUGGAUCUUGAUGGAUAUAAAUCAAAUGGUAAACCACGUUUAUCAAAUAUGAAUUUAUUAAUAGCUGGUGGUGAUACAGAUAAAAGUAAACGAAUUGAAAAUGCUUUAUAUUUGAUUUUUUGUUUAAAAUAUGUCGAAGGUGUUAUAAGACAACAACAGCAUUCAAGUCAAAUCUUAUCACAAGAUAAACAACAAGUACCUAUGUCAAGAGAACGUUCAAUGACAAUAACAACAAAUGCAUAUUCACUAACAAUUAAACAACCUGAACGAAUGAGUUUAACAUCACUUGAAAUAAUAACAGAUACAUUACUAGAAUUAAUGGAAGCUUGUAUGAAUGAUAUACCUGAUUGUGAAUGGUUAGCACAAUGGCAAGAAUUAGCUAAACGUUUUGCUUUUCAAUUUAAUCCAGCUUCAUACCCAAGAGCUAUUAUUGUUAAUGAUUGUAUAUCAAAAACAACAAGUGAUGGUGAAAUAAAAACUUUAUUACGUAUACUUGUUAAAGCACUUGAGUCAUUUUCUGAUAUUGAUUUAAUUGAUUCAAUAAUAAUGUGUUUAACACGUUUAUUACUAUUAUUACCACCGGAAUCAAACAUUCAUAAAUUUAUGUUUUGGAUAGCUUUGUCAAUACUACAAUUAGAAGAAACACAAUUAUAUGCAUCAGGUUUAGCUUUACUUGAACAAAAUCUUCAUACACUUGAUCACAUGUUAAAUUUAUUUGAAAAUACAAGUACACAUCAACAACAAACAUUAGAAAAAAUCAUGAUGGAUGCUCGAGAACCAUUAGAAUGGCAAUUUAAACAAUUAGAUGCUAGAAUGGGUUUAUCAUUUAAAUCAAAUUUUAAUUUUGCACUUGUUGGACAUCUAAUUAAAGGUUUUCGUCAUCCAGUACAAUCAACUGUUGUUCGUACAACUCGUGUACUUUCAACACUUCUUAGUAUUGUUUCAAAAUCCAAAUCACAUGAUAAGUUUAAAGUAACACCAACAACAGUACCAUAUUUAGCAGCAUUGUUUAGUGUUGUUGAAGAAGUUCGUACUCGAUGUCCAGUUAAAAAUUGCUCAAAUCUUAUACCAACAACAACAAAUCUAACAAAUAUACCUUCAAAUGUUAAUCCAUUAUCACAUAUUCCACAAUCACAUUCAAGUACAUCAGUUACUGAUAUAGCUGGUUCAACAACACUUAAUGUUCAACAAGGAGUUUUUACACAACGAUUAAAAUCAUGGGAUUUAUCUUAUUUAGAUAAAACACGAAAAGUUGGUGGUGUAUCAAGUUCACGCUUAUUAUCAAUUCUACCAUAUGCACGUUAUUAUCAAUCAGUUGAUAUUGAAAAUGCAUUACCAAGAAUUUUAACAAAAUCAGCUUCAACACUUGUUCAGUUACAACAAGUUAAACAAUCUGUACCAAUAACUAUUUCAAUUGCACCACAAAUUUUACCUGAAACACAACAAACAUCACAAGCAAGUUCUGAAACAAAUCUUUUAUUAGAUCCUAAUGUAUUAACCGAUACAUCAACACACGCAUUACUUUUAACCGUAUUAUCAACACUUAUUCGUAAUACAUGUGAUGAAAAUGAAAUGAGAAUAUUGUAUGAAUAUUUAUCGGAAUCAAGUAUUGUUUUUCCAAAAGUAUUUCCAGUUAUACAUAAUUUAUUAGAUGCGAAAAUAAAUUCUGUAUUAUCAUUAUCACAUGAUGAAUCAAUAUUAGCAUCAGUACAAUCAAUAAUAUAUCAAAUGAUUGCAUAUUCAGCUGGUGAAGAUGCAAGUCAACAACAACAACAACUUAGUUAUUUACAAUCAUGUGGUUUUGGUGGUUUAUGGUGUUUGGCUGGACCAUUUACUGUAUCACGGCAAAAUCCUGAUAAUGUCGAAUUAUUUGUCAAUUGGUUAGAAGCUAUGGUUGAAACAUGUUUACCAUCAUUAGAUGAACAUGAAGAUGGUUCAGAAAAUAGUGGAGUUGGAAGUGGUUUUACUGGAAAUAAUGGAACACGACAUGCAUCUUUACAUUUACAUCAUCCAUUUCGACAUCAUCAUCAUUAUUCUGCAUCAUCAACAGCAUCAUUAUCUUAA